AUGUCCAAUUUACAAGACUCUGAUGCCGCCAGAGCUGGCCAUUUUGAGAAAUCAAGAAUUAAAGCUCUUGCCAGUGAGCGUGAGAAAAUUCAAAAGAAAACCUUUACAAAAUGGAUGAAUUCUUACUUAAACAGAGUCUCCAUUAAUGUUAACGAUUUAUAUACCGAUGUUACCGACGGAGUUGUAUUAAUACGUCUACUUGAAGUUCUCUCAGGCGAGAAAGUGGCUAAACCAGCCAGAGGCAAAAUGCGAAUUCAUCGAAUUCAAAAUGUUAACGCCGCCUUGAAGUUCUUAAAGAAUAAACAUGUUAAAUUGGAAAAUAUGGGUGCAGAAGACAUCAUUGACAGUAAUAACCGAUUAAUUUUGGGUCUGAUAUGGACAAUUAUUUUGCGUUUUCAGAUUCAAGACAUUCAAAUCGAUGAUGGAAGUGGUUCAGCAGAACAUAAAUCGGCUAAAGAUGCUUUAUUAAUGUGGUGUAAAUUAAAAACCGCCAGUUACGAUAACGUCAAAAUGACAAACUUUACUUCCAGUUGGCGUGAUGGUCUUGCUUUUAAUGCCAUUAUUCAUAAGCAUAGACCCGAUGCUAUUAAAUACGACAGCUUAUCCGUUAACAGUCCUCUCCAGAAUUUACGUAACGCCUUUAAAGUAGCCGAAGAAAGUUUUGGUAUACCACAACUACUUGAUGCAGAGGAUGUCAAUGUUGAAUAUCCCGACGAAAAAUCCAUUAUGACCUAUGUUGCGUCAUAUUACCAUACCUUUUCAAAAAUGAAGGCAGAGGAUGUUGUUGGACGUCGUAUUGGAAAAGUUAUGGGAGAGGUCAUUGAGAAUGAAGCUUUAAUGCAAGAGUACGAUACCUUGGCUAGCAACUUGUUGGAUUGGGUCCAAGAUAAGAUUGCUAAAUUAUCCGACAGAACAUUUGAUAAUAAAUUAAGUGGUGUCCAACAGCAACUUGUUCAAUUUAAUACUUAUCGUACUACGGAGAAACCGCCCAAAUUUCAAGAGAAAGCAGAUCUUGAAGAAAAAUUAUUUACUAUUCAAAGUAAAUUAAGAGCAAACAAUCAAAAAGCUUAUACACCAAAAGAAGGCAAAACUAUCUCUGAAAUCAACAAGGCUUGGGGGAAAUUAGAAAAGGCUGAACAUGAACGUGAAUUAGCUUUACGACAGGAAAUUUUGAGGUUGGAGAGACUCGAACAAUUAGCUGCUCAAUUUGAUCGAAAGGCUCGGCUACGUACGCAAUGGCUGACAGAUAAUCGCGGGAUACUCGGCGGUGAAGAUUUCGGUGAUUCUUUGCCGGCUGUAGAAGCUGCCGUUAAAAAGCACGAAGCCAUUGAAACAGAUAUUAAUUCCUACCAUGAACGUGUUGUAGCUGUAGAAAAUGUAGCUAAUGAACUGACAGAACAAAAUUAUCACGAUUCUGAUCGUAUUCAAGCAAAGAAAGAUAAUGUCUUGGAAUUGUGGAACGAUCUGAUUGAAAUGAUCAAGCAAAGACGUAAUGAUCUGGAGCAGCAUUUACAAUUGCAGAAGAUUUUACAAGAAUUAGAAGAUAUGAUCGAUUGGACUAAAGAAACGAAGGCGCUAUUGCAAUCAGAAGAUUAUGGUAAAGAAUUGCAAGAUGUCAACAAUCUGCUACAAAACCAUAGUAUUCUGGAAAGCGAUAUCGUUGUACAUGCGGAUCGUAUUAAGAAUGUUAUUGCUGAAGCCGAAGCCUUUGAGGCACCAGAAGAUGAAAACGGUAAAUCUAUGAAAUUUAGAUGCAAAAAUAUCCAUGAUGGUGUUGAUCAAUUAGGACAAGCAUUAAAUGAGGUCCAACAAUUGGCUGCCGAUCGCAAAUCUAAACUAGAAGACUCACAGCGAUUAUUGCAGUUCUAUCAAGAUUGUGAAGAUGAGCAAAAUUGGAUGAAAGAAAAGGAGCAAACCUUAGAAUUAUCCAAUUUGAAAAAAGUCCAAGAUUACGUUUCAUUAACUCUUCUUGAUCAUCGACAGAAAGCAUUAGAAGCUGAAGUCAAUGGCCAUCAACCUGUCAUUGAGAAUAUCCUAAAAGUAGGUCGCGGUAUGAUCGACAAUGGCCACUAUGCAUCAUCGACGAUUAGCAAUAAUGUCGAUAAUUUACAAGAAAGAUGGGAAAAUGUUACCGAUAUUUUAGCAAAACGCCAACGACGUAUCGAUGAGAUGUUAGUACUUCAGCAAUUAUUAGUAGAAGCUGACAACAUUGAAGCUUGGAUUACAUUACAUGUUAGCUUGAUGUCGAUCGAUAAUUACGGUGUCGAUCAAGGUAGUGUUGAAUCAUUGAUGAAAACUCAUUUAGAUUUAAGUAAUGAAAUUCGCGCCUACCGCGAGCAAAUUGAUGGCUUAGAAAGUACAUCGGAGCAAUUAGCACCGCAAGAUCGUGCCUCUGAUGAUGUGGUAGAAAGAAAAUUUCGUAUUUCUAAAAAUUACGACCUACUCCUUCAAUUACUAAGUAAACGAGAAGAACGUCUAAAAGAAAUGCAGUUAUUUUAUAAAUAUCAAGAUGAAAAUGAAAUUUUACUGUCGUGGGUUGGUGAUCGCGUAGCUAUAUUGGAAUCCAUCGAAGCACCAAAUGAUAUGUCGGAAGCAGAUUUAUUAUCACGGCAAUUUGAAGGUAUCAACAAAGAAGUCAAUACUAAUCAAGAACGCUAUCAAAAAGUUGGAAGCGAUGGCCAAGAAUUGAUCGACAAUCAAAAUAGUAAUAGCGAUGAAAUACGAGCCUCAAUUGAGCGUUUAAAUGGUAAAUGGAAGCAAUUGGUCGUUCUUAUUGCAGUCAAGAAAGAGAUUAUCGAUAAUAAGAAACGUCUGCUGGAUUUCUUUUACGAAAUUGAUGAAACCAAAAAUUGGGUGAUACAAAAGGGAAGCGGUUUAGACAACGAACUUUCAUCCACUGCUGAUCCUAAUGUUAUUAUGCAAUUACAGCGUCAAAUCAAUGCUGUCGAGCGGGAUACACCUGCUGUUGAGGAGCGAUUACAUGCUAUCGAAGCCAAAAAAGCUCAACUAAUAGAGGAACAGGAAGAUUACGAGACUAUGCUAAAUGAUCGUGUGUCUGAAUUAUAUCAAAAUUGGAACAACGUCUUGGAUAAAGCCAAUAAACAGCGCAACACCUUGGGCGAGUGUAGCGAUUACCAAAAGUUACUAUUUGAUAUGGACGACUUGCACGAUUGGAUCAAAACGCAACAAAUUUAUGCUAGUUCAGACGAUAUCGCUAAUACAUUAUCGGGUGCGGAGAAAUUAGCUAAGGAACAUGAAGAAUUAACCUAUGAUGUCCAAAGUCGUCAAAUGAUUUAUAACAAUAUUCUCUCAGUGGCACCGCAAUAUUACACUGAUGACACAACUGGACGUCGCCUUCGUCAACGAGUUGAUGAAAUUGUCCAAGAAUGGGAAGAAUUAUUACAAGCCUGCGAAAAGCGUAAACUCUUACUGAAACAAAAUUACGAGCACAUGCUAUUUCAGCGUGAUGUUAAGCAAUUGGAAGGAUCAUUAAGUAAGCAAGAUAUGUUUCUGACCAAAGCUCGCCAAAAGAAGUUAUCCUUGUUUAAUAUAAUUGAAUUGGUCAAACGGCAUAAAGAAUACAAGAAAAAUUUAGAAUUAUGCAGCGAUAAAGUUGCACACGUUAAACGAUUUGCUCGCCGUAUGUCGGAGAAUGAUCACUAUGCUUCGGACAAAUUGGUUGCUAAAUCUUUGGCAAUUGAAGAGCGUUUAAACGACAAUUACGGUAAAUUCAAUGAUGCUGAAGUCAAAUUACAACAAGCUGUUCAAUUGCAACAAUUCCAUCAGCAAUGUAAUGAAUUGAACGACUGGAUUAGUGAAAAGCAGCAAUUAGCCAACGAUGAAGCCUAUCGUGAUCCAACUAAUUUAACUGGCAAAUUGCAGAAACAUCAAACCUUUGAAGCUGAAUUAGUCGCCACUAAAGAUCAAUUAGAUAGUAUUAAAGACGUUGGCCAAACGAUCAUUGAUAAUCAUAGCGAGGCAGAAAGUGAAGUCGACGAUCGCAUUGCUGAAUUGCAAAAUGAAUGGUUGAAAUUAUGCCAAGCAUCAGCUAAUAAAGGCCGCAUGUUAAACGAAGUCUAUAACCAAGUCCAAUUUAGUCGUUCUGUAGCCGAUCUCGAAGUAUGGUUGGACCAUAUCCAAUCAAUAUUAACGGUUGAAGAUACUGGCAAGGACCUUAUUACCUGCACUAAUUUAAUCAACCAGCAAAUGGGAAUUGAAAAUGAUAUUGCUGCUCGUAAAGAUCGUAUCGAUCAGCUAGAGAAACAAGUACAGAAAUUUCAAGAGGCUGACCAUUACGAUGCGGAAAAUAUGCAUGAAAAAUAUAAUAACGUGAAGCAAAGGUACAAUGACCUCGAUGAACCUUGUAAAGAAAAACGUAAAAAGUUAGAAGCUGCGCGAAGAUUUUUUCAAUUCUUCCGCGAUGUUGAUGACGAAACUCGCUGGUUAGAAGAAAAAAUACUUCAAGCAAAGUCCGAGGAAGUGGGUACUAGUUUGUCGGAAGUCCAUAAUUACAAAGUUUCACACCAGAAUUUAUGCAAUGAAAUCACAAGCCAUGAACAAAUCUUAAACAGUAUUUACCAAUCCGGUGAAGCUUUAAUUGCUGAGGGCCACCCAAGUGCUGACGAUAUUCAGAAUAGUAUUGCAUUAAUGAAAGAUAAAUUCGUUCUAUUAGAACAGUAUUGCAAGGAACGAGAAAGUCUUUUAGACAAAUACUAUAAAGCCCAUCAGCACUUGUUCGAGAUCGACGAAGCUGAGUCUUGGAUGAUUGAUAAAGUUGCCGUUUUAACUUCUGAUGAUAGACCAAAGGAUGAAGAUAGCGCACUAACUAUGAUGAAGAACCAUAAUAACUUGCAGUCAUCAAUUAAAGAUUAUCGCAAUCAUUUAGAAGAGCUACGUAAUGGCGCCGAUGAUUUAGUGCAGGAAGAACUGUUUAUAAGUGAGGAUAUCCGAGAUGCAAUGGAAGAUGCUGACAAUCGAUUUACGCAAUUAAAAAUUUUAGCUGAUGAAAGACGUGACCGCCUCAAUGAAAUAAUUAAACUGUAUCAGUUUAAUAGAGAAGUUGAUGAUCUGGAGCUUUGGCUCGGUGAUUGUGAGACAAUUGCAAAAUCUAAGGAAUGCGGCGCUGAUUAUGAACACUUGGAGAUUAUUCAAGACGCUUUCGAAAAAUGGGUCGAUAACACCAAAACAACAGGUACUGAUCGAAUCCGGCAAGUUAAUACUAUGGCCGAUCAGUUGAUUAGUACUGGCCAUAGCGAAUCAGCAACUAUCUCAGAAUGGAAGAAUGGCAUCAAUGAGUUAUGGGAAGUACUAAUGAAGUUGAUCAAUGGUCGAUUUGAACUGUUAGAGGGAACACGCGAAUUAUACAAAUAUUAUUAUGACCUGAACGAGCUACAGCAACACAUUUUGCAUAAGGAUCAAAUUUUGCCUAGCGAUCUUGGUAGAGACUAUAAUUCCACAUCUGCAUUCUACCGGAAGCACGACAGCUUCCAACAUGAUUUAGUGGGCUUAGAAGUCAAGAUUAAUGGCUUACGCCAACAAUCGAAAAAUCUUGCUGCUGAACAUCAAAGCAAUGGAGAGGAGGAAAAGAUUAAAAAAUGCAUGGAUGAUGUUAAAGCUUGUUGGAAAGCAAUUAAUGAUAAAUCGAAUUGGAGGCGAUCACAACUCCUGCAAACUCUAGAUUUAUUCAAGUUAAUUGUCAUAAUUGAUGACUUGAUCAUGUGGAUAACAGAUGUAUAUGAUGAAAUUCAUAAUUUAGAGGAGCCCGAAGAUGUGCCUUCUGGUGAGAGGGUGAUUGCAAGUUUAAAGAACAUUAAAGAGGAAAUUGAAAGCUAUGAAGAAAGAUUUAAUACAGCCAAAGAAAAAGGGGAUACCUUAAUUGAACGUGAUAAUUACGCCAAGAAAGAAAUUACGGUGAGAAUGGAAGCCUUAUUGAAUGUCUAUGCUGAUCUCAAAGUCGAAUGGGAAAUGUAUUACCGAGAGUAUGACAUUUAUUUGAAGGCUUUUAAAUUUGAAGAAGAUAUGAACAAAGGAGAUUCUUGGCUCACUAAUUGCGAAGCUAGUCCAAUCGAGAUGGAUUUAAAUAACCUGUCAAAUCUUGAAGACAUCAUAAAGAAGCAAAGUGAGCUGCAAAUAGCUUUAGCUGCCCAACGAGAUCGUUUUAAGAAAAUGAUGGAAUUAACAGAUUUUGAAAGAAGAGAAAUGGAUGAAGUAGGAAAAGAAAUGGAAAAGCGUGAAGAAGUAACCAGAAAACUACAUAUUCAGCAAUUUCGGGAAUAUUUGCAAGAUAAAGAAGAUAUGAUGUGUGAUGAAGACGUGGAACCACUUCCAGAAGCGGAAGAUGAACCCAAAGAAGAAGAACCCAUCAUGAUGGGUACGCUACAUCGCAAACAUGAGACUGAGGCUGGUGGUAAAAAGGCUGAUAAAAGAUCGUGGGACAAAUACUUUGUUGUUUUAAAUGGUACCAAUCUCAUAUUCUAUAAAGAUCGCAAACAAUUUCAAAAUGUAAGAAUCCUCGUUUCAAUCAAAUCGAAUGCUCCAGAAAUUUCCAUUACUGGUUGCCAGUGUGGUAUGGCAAUUGAUUACAAGAAGAAAAAGAACGUGUUUAGAUUCAAGUAUGUCGAAAUCAAUAUUAAAUAA